AAAUCGCUUUCUCUUCGUCUUCCUCGCGCAGCAGAGCCUCACAGACGACGACGCUUAUUCAUCUUCCUCACAGACGACUCCUCAGACUUCUCUCGGCAGCGACGUCUCUGGACCGUAUAUCGGAGGCUUGUCGGACGGUAAAACUUUAGGAAAAGUCCACGAUACGCGUAUAGCCAUAUCAGAUACGUUUCACACGCGUAUCGCCGUAUCCAAUACGAGCAUACCCCUUUAGGCUGCCGUAUCGGUGCAACACAGGGCAAACCCAAUCCUAUUUAACUCAGAUAAUUAAAAUGAAGAAACCACGAAGCACAAUCUCCACAUCAAGCAAAAUAAAGUUCGAAGAACCAGAAUCUUCGUCUUCAUCCGAAGAUGAGGAGGAGAUAGAGCAGGAGCUUGCAGAUGUGACAUUUGGAGAACUGCAAAAGGCACGCUCAAACGGGUCCCAUUUAGUGCACCUAAAGCCCAAAGAAGAGAAGAAGGGUGGCAGGGUGAACAAGAACCGGCCAAUGGAGGUUAGUUGCAAGAAGCCCGUUACAAGAUUUCGAGAGAUCAUUCAAGGUUCGAAAAAGGUGGUACGUGACCCACGUUUUGAAUCUUUAUGUGGAACACUGGAUGUUGACGGGUUUAGGAAGAGAUAUGACUUUCUAUUUGCAAACGAGCUUCCUGCCGAGAGAGAGGAACUGCAGAAGCAAGUAAAGAAAUCCAAGGACCCAGAAGUCAUUGAAGAACUGAAGAAACGCAUAUCUUGGAUCGAUAAACAGCUCAAAUCUGAGUCAGCCAAGCGCACUGAAGCUGCAAUACUGGCCGAGCACAAGCAAAAAGAGAGAGAAGCAGCAAAGCAAGGGAAACAACCCUUUUUUCUUAAGAAAUCUGAGAUCCGAAAGAAACGACUUAUGGAAAAGUAUAAACAACUCAAGGGAUCUGGCAAGCUUGAAGCCUUCAUCGAGAAAAGGCGCAGGAAGAAUGCUGCAAAGGACCACAGAUUCAUGCCAUACCGUAGGCCUGACAACACUGAGCAACAAAUUUAAUGACUUCACUUGGUUCAGGAGAAGCAGAGUAAAUUUUCUUAUUAGCUGAGUGGCAUUGGGAGAGUACUGGGUAGUGACAUGGUGAGUUUGCUUGGAAACAUGCAAAUUUCAGUAAAUUUUGAAGAGAAGCACCCAAAAGAUUUUUUUUUUUUUUUUUUUUUUUCACUAUUUGGAAUUUAGUUGUCAAAUUUGGAUGUGGGUGACAGGGUGCCAAAGAGUAAUUCCAAUGAACUUUUUAUUAUUCGGAGCUGCUAUA